AUGAAGAAACCAAUUCUAAAAAGAAUUAAAAAAUUAAGCAAAGACCUCUCUCAUAAGUUGUUGAAAGAGUAAAAAAUAUUUUUCUAAAAUAGGUUACUCUCUGGAGAAGACUUUAUACUGGCUUUUAUGAUUAAAACAAAAAAAUUAUUUAGAUGUCCUUGGAUAAGGCUGCUGAAAAAGUUGGCAUUUCUAACAAAACAUUAGAUGAUUAUCCAUUAUAAAUUCGAUAUGGAAAAUGAUAUGGAUUCGACUUCAAGAAAAAUAGCAAUGAGGGCAUUAGUAAAUUGA